AAUAGAGUAGUAGUGUAAAUAGUAAACUGUGUAUUAAAUAAUAAAUAUUUAUUAUUUGAGUAUUGCAUGACGGAUGUAGUGAUGUAUUGUUGACUGUUGAUGUCUUAUAGAACUAUUGUAAUCUUUAAAUCUGUAAUUAGUAACAACAAUAGGUACUCAGUAGUCAGUAGUAUGAAAUCGUAAAUACUAUAGUAUAACAAUGGAAUUACCUAGUAUUGGUGAUAAAAAUGAAAUCCAAGUGGAGUUUAUUGAUGAUCAAGCAGUUCAACAUUUAAUAAUAGACGAGACACUACAGAAAAAUCAUUCAACCAGAAAAAAAAAAUCUAUUGAAGUCACUUUGUCUAAUUCUGGAGUUCCAAUUAAAUGUAAAAAAACAAAUCAAAUAUUAGAUGAGAGUUUUGAUGAUGAAGAGUCUAAUGAAAAUGACUCAAAUGCAACACUAAAACCAAAAGCAUUAUUUGAUGAUGGAGAUGUGCCAGGUGAACGUAUGUUUAGUUUUCAUUCAAAAAAAAAUAAAACAUAUAACAAAAAAAAUACAUCUUCACAACAUAAUGAAAAUCAUAACAAAGAUGAUCAAAAAAUGUCUAAUAUUCGUCCUCAAGCCAUCUCUGAUGAUGAGUAUGAAAUUAAAUCAAAAAAUUCUCACAGAAAAUCAACUAGAACAUCUACAUCUGCUACAUCUAAAUUAAAUAAUGAAGUAUCAGACAUUGACUCUCCAAAAGUAACUAAUAGCACAUUUGAUCACAAAACACCUAAAAAAUUUAAAAAAGUUCAGAAUUGUUCGGAACAUGUAUCAUCAAAAACACCAAGAACUGUUCGUAAACGAAUUGCAAAAGGAAUAGCACAUCAAAAAUUAGAACAACUUAAUGAAUUUAAUGAUUCAGAUUAUAGUAUUAGCGAUGAAAGUGACAGUGACUCUAGUAUUCAUACAAAUCUUAAAACUUUACAGCCAGAAAACACACAUAUUUCUUUAAGAAGAUCUAUAAGAAAAAAGGAAAUUCCCUUUAUAUAUAAAUCAGAUGAAUAUUUUUUAUCCAAGUCUGCUAAAUCUGUGAAAAAGUCUAAGACAUCAGACAAUACAUUAAAAUUAUUGAAAAAUCCUGUUUUAGACAAAGAACAGGUUGAUCUUCUAUCAGGAAAUUCUUAUACUAAACAUGAUAAAAAGAUAAAGACAAUGUACAAAGAUAUUAUGUCGAAUUUUCCAUACUGGUUGUCUUUGCUUAGGGAAGGAUUUAAUUUACUACUUUAUGGACUUGGUUCCAAAAGGCAAAUCAUUAAUGAUUUUAGAACGUCUGUGUUGGCAGAAGAGUCUGUAUUAGUGAUUAAUGGAUUUUUUCCCGGACUUACAAUGAAAGAAAUACUUGAAUCUAUAACCAUUGAUUUAUUGGAUUUAGAUAGUUGUCCAGGAAGUGCUGAACUUGCAAUUCAGCAAAUAGAAGAAAAACUAAAAUUAAAAACUUCUGAACAUAUUUAUAUUCUUAUAAACAACUUGGACGGAGUUGAAUUGCAAAACUACAAAUCACAGCAUGUACUUUCAAGGAUUAGUUCAUUAAAAAAAGUACACCUAAUAGCAUCUAUGGACAGAGUAAAUUCUGCUUUAAUGUUCGAUAAUACAAAACUUGGGGAUUACAAUUUCAUUUGGAUGGACUGUACAAAUUUUUCACCAUAUACAGUUGAAACUAAUUUUAUACAAUCAUUAAUGGUAAAAAAUAUUGGAACACAGCAUUCAUUUUCAGGCUUAAAUAAUGUUUUCAAAUCGCUCACAUCCAAUGCUAAAAGUAUCUUAUUAUUACUGAUUAAAGAUCGUAUUGAAAAUAAAAAUGAUAAAAAAUAUGGAGGAGUUCCAUUUUCAACCUUGUACCAUUGGUGUCGACAACGGUUUCUAGCUAGUACAGAUCUUGCCUUGAGAAGUCAGUUAACUGAAUUUGUUGAUCAUGAAUUAGUAAAAUGGAAACGUGAUGCUGAUGUACUCUAUGUUCCUGUAGAUGUUAAUGUGCUUGCUCAGUUUUAUAAACAAAAUGAAGAAGACGAUGAAUAAAACUCAAUGUUUGGUA